GCAACUAUGUUGUGUGAUAUUGGGACUAUAUAUAGAGUUAACGACGCUUAGUAUCGAAAAAUAUCCUAAAUAGAAAACACUAAAAUGGCACAAUUGAAAACUACUCUUUUAUUUUCAAUUAUUUACAUUUGCCUGUUAAUGACAUUCUAUUGUUAUGCGGAGGAUAGUUGUAUAAAUGCUGGUCUAAGAUGUAGGAAUAAUCCCAAGAGAUGCUGUGAUGAUUUAGAAUGUUUACCUGCUUUCAUUAAUGAGGUAGUUUGUCGUCGAAGGGAAUCUCCUAGAUGUCUACGUGAAGGUAUGCAGUGCAUUAGGUUUGAUCGUAAUAUGAGAUGCUGUGGAGAUUUAAUAUGUGAAGGCGCAGGUCUGAGAGAAACAUGCCGUAGAAGAUGGAACUAAAGUUGAUAUACAGAUAAGAAACACAACAAUUUAUUUUUAAAAAAUUACAGCAGGAUCAUACACACAAUUGUGAUUCUGAAUCUGUUACAAAUUAAAAUAAUAACAGUACAAGAUUAAAACUAUAGAAAAAUGAACAUUGAUAAAUAAAUUUGUGUUUAUUGUUUAUUGUCUGUUUCUGUGUGAUAUAGAAUAAUAAACUGAAUUAAAAUAAAA